AUGCAGGAGGCCAGCCAUGAUCUCCUCAGUCACAAACAAGAUAUGUUUGGUGAUGUACAGUAUAUUAAGAGAAGAGACAUCGUCCUUAAGAGAGAACUGGGCGAAGGUGCUUUUGGGAAGGUGUUCCUGGCUGAGUGCUAUAACCUCAGUCCCACCAAGGACAAGAUGCUGGUAGCUGUGAAGGCUCUCAAGGACCCAACUUUGGCUGCCCGAAAGGACUUCCAGAGGGAGGCAGAGCUUCUCACCAACCUGCAGCAUGACCAUAUUGUAAAGUUUUAUGGUGUCUGUGGCGAAGGAGAUCCACUUAUCAUGGUCUUCGAAUACAUGAAGCACGGGGACUUGAAUAAGUUUCUGAGGGCACAUGGGCCGGAUGCACUGAUCCUCGUGGAUGGACAGCCUCGGCAAGUCAAAGGGGAAUUGGGACUUUCUCAAAUGCUGCACAUUGCUAGCCAGAUUGCCUCGGGGAUGGUCUACCUUGCCUCCCAGCACUUUGUACACAGAGACCUGGCCACGAGGAACUGCUUGGUGGGAGUUAAUCUACUGGUGAAGAUUGGAGACUUUGGAAUGUCCAGAGAUGUCUACAGCACUGAUUAUUACAGGGUAAGGCAAAUUCGAAAGUAUCGGUUGGAGCGAGUGGCACAAACAGAGAUUGGAGAAAAGAAACUGAGUUAA